AUGGCUACCGCUACCGCAUCCGCGAAAUGGCCAGAUGUUGGAGAAGUGCCACAAUGGCUGAAGAAUUGGCUGGACGACUUCUACGCCCUUGCAGACACUCAAGGGGACGAAGCGAGUCGCAAAUUUGCUGCUCAUUUUGCCGAGGACGGUGUUCAGUAUGGGUUGGGCGGUCCUUUACGUGGCAGAGAAGCGAUUGUGCAAGCUCGAGCGCCUGGAUGGAAACCCAUGGACUGGCGCAAACAUGAGGUGUUACAAAUCUUUACGGCCCGACGAGACUACAGCGACGUCUUGGUACAGGGCCGAAUUACAGCCGUGUUCAAGAACAAACAAGAAGUCUCAGGAGAAUUUGCGGUGCAGAUUGUGUUUGAUGAUGUCUCCGCGCCCGAACCAAAGGCUGUGCUGUACAAGAACUGGAGUAUAAGCGUCAAUUUGAUUAUCAACCGGAGGCAAAAGCUGCCAUGCUAA